CCUGGGGUGUGGACUUAAAAAGAGGGCAGGGUAAAAGUGGGCGGAUGGGUAUUUUCUUGUGUUUGUGCGAUUCGACUCUGAGUCUGAAAUUUGUAUCCUUGAGAGAAGGAGGGAUUAGACUUUAAGAGACAAUCAGUCAACUAACGCUAAGUCAUCAUGCUGAUUCUCCUUGCUGCGAUCUUUGGCAUUCACAUCAUAGGCAUCAUCCUCCUCCUGGUAGCUACCAUUGACAAUGCCUGGUGGAUGACUGAUAAUAUGUCCACUGAUGUGUGGGCCAGGUGGAUACAGGUGAACGGAGUAUGGAACUACACUGAUCUUCCCACGGGUUCACACUACCCAUCCGAUUACCUCCAGGCGGUGCAGGCCAGCUCAGUGCUUGCUUGUAUAUUCUCCAUCCUGGGCAUCUUUGUGUUUGUGGCUCAGCUCUUCACUCUGGAAAAAGGAAAAAGGUUCACCAUCUCCGGCAUCUUCCAGUUCCUUGCAUGCCUGUGCAUCAUGAUCGCAGCCUCCAUCUACACAGACAUCUUCCACCGUAAUGAGAAAUUUGGUUGGUACGGCCACUGCUUCAUCCUCGCAUGGAUCUCCUUUGCUCUCACAUUCAUCUCCUCUAUCACUUACUUUGUGUUACGCAAGAAAACAGCAUGAGAAGGACACUAGUACUAGUAAGAACCAGCCCAAAAUGUCUAUCUGGACUUACCCUUUCAGCUGGAAUAUGAAUAUUGUUU